CUGCAUCUCGUGGUCGUACCUUCAGUGUGCUCGUCGGAGUUAGAGCCCGCAGCGUUUAGUUUCUUCAUCAUAAAUUAGUGUAUUUUCUGGAGCGUCACACACAUCUCAAACAUCACAGCUAAGCAGUGUAAAAGAUAGUUUAUUGCUCGCUGGUGUUUAGGUGUGUGUGUUUGCGCGUGUCUGUGGUGUGAUGGCGUGUUAGUUGUGCUGCAGUGUGAUUGGUCAGUUGUCUGUGCCCUCAUGGUGCGGUUGUUAAGGGCGGUGCGCAGAUCCGCUGCUGCGCUGCUCUGGAGAGCCGAUAAACCCAAUAAUAAUACCGCUGGAGAAGCUCAGACUGCGGCUUUUUCUGCUCCACAACACAGUCAGGUCAGACGGUUUACUUCACCUGUAAGGAUGCCGGAGGUUAACAUGGAUAAUCUGGAUGAAAAGCAAGUGCAGUUGCUUGCUGAAAUGUGCAUCCUGAUAGAUGAGAAUGACAAAAAGAUUGGAGCAGACAGCAAGAAAAACUGCCAUCUCAACUCAAACAUCGAUAAAGGUUUAUUGCAUCGAGCGUUCAGUGUUUUCCUGUUUAACAGUGAGGAAAAGCUGCUCCUUCAGCAAAGAUCUGAUGCCAAAAUCACUUUUCCAGGCUGUUUUACCAACACUUGCUGUAGUCACCCUUUACACACUACCAGUGAACUGGAGGAGCAGGACGCCAUCGGCGUCCGACGUGCCGCUCAGAGACGCCUGCAAGCCGAGCUUGGCAUUCCCAUGGACCAGGUUCUUCCAGAGGAGAUGACCUACCUGACCCGCAUCCAUUAUAAAGCCCAGUCAGAUGGCGUUUGGGGCGAACACGAGAUCGACUACAUCAUCUUCAUGCAGAAAGACGUAGAUCUGAAUCCAGACCCCAACGAGAUCCAGAGCCACUGCUACGUGUCCAAAGAAGAGCUGAAGGAGAUCCUGGAGAAAGCCAAGAGGAAAGAGCUGCUGAUCACGCCCUGGUUCAGCCUCAUCGCUGAAACCUUCCUCUUCAAAUGGUGGGAAAACCUCAGAAACCUCAAACCAUUCAUCGAGCACGACAGAAUCCACCGCAUGUAGGACACUAAUGGACACUGCUGACUUACUAAUGGACACUUAAAGGGGUAGUACACCCAAAAUAAAUAUGUACUCAGUAUUUACUCUCCCUCAAGUUGUUCAAGACCUUUAUCAGUUUCUUUAUUCAGUUAAACACUACAUUAGUAUGUUGGAAACCUUUAACCAUUGACUUCCAUUGUAAGGAAAAUAAACAAUUCUAUGGAAGUCAAUGGUUACAGGUUUUCAGCUUUCUUCAAAAUAUCCUCUUUUGUGUUUGACAGCGGAAAGAAACGCAAACAGGUUUGGAACAAGUGAAGGGUGAGUGAAUGAUGACUGAACUUAACAUUUUUGGGUUCUUGUGUCCUGUGGAACACUAAAGAAGAUAUUUUGAAGAAAGCUGAAAACCGGUAACCAUUGACUUACAUAGUACUAGAAACAAAUACUAUAGAAGUCCGUGGUUCUUCAAAAUAUCAUCUUGUGUGUUUGACAGAAGAGAAAAAACUCUUAUAGGUUUGAAACAAGUAAAGGGUGAGUAAAUGAUUGAGUGAAUGAUGACAGAAAAUAUUUGGGUGAACUAUCCCUUUAAUAGGCCACUCCAUCAUAAGGAAAAGACUGAUUGUUUUGAUCCUGAGGAGUCUUUCUGAGACAAUCUGAGAGGUUUACUUAGUGUUAUUUUUUUUCUUCUUAUAUGUUGAUUCGAACUUAAUUACAACUCGUAUUACAAGUUGAUGGAAGAAAAUGUAACUAUUUAAAGAGACAGUUCACCUAAAACUGAAAAUUCUGUCAUUUACUCACACUUUAAUUAUUUCUUUUUUCUGUCAAACACAAAAGAAGAUGUUUUGAAGAACGCUGACAACCAGUAACCAUUGACUUCAAUAGUAGGAAAAACAAAAAUUAUUGAAUCAGUCUGUAACCAUUAAUGAUUACGUCAUUGGUUACAGGUUUUCAGCUUUCUUCAAAUUGUCUUUUGUUUUUGACAGAAGAAAGAAACUCAUAAAGGUUUGGAACAAGUAAAGGGUGAGUAAAUGAUGACAGAAUCGUUCAAUUUUGGGUGAACUAUUCCUUUAAUAGGCCACUCCAUUACAAGGAAAAAAAGACUUUGUUUUGAUUCUGAGGAGUCUUGGGACAAUCUCAGAGUCUAUUUAGUGUUAAAGAUCUUGUUAGGUGUUGAUUAGAACUUUAUUACAACUCACCCAUUAUUUUUUGCAAUACUUUUUUAGUUUCUUUUAUCUGUCAAACACAUAAGAAGAUAUUUUGAAGAAUGCUGAAAGCCUGUAACCAUUGACUUUCAUUGUAGGAAAAAGAAACAUUCUAUGGAAGUUUUAGCUUUUUUCAAAAUAUCUUCUUCAGUGUUUGACAGAGGAAAUAAUCUCAAACAGGUUUGGAGCAAAUAAAGGGUGAGUGAUGAUGACAGAAUUAAAACAAAUUUGGGUUCCUUCUGUUCUGUUGAACACUAAAGAAGAUAAUUUGAAGAAAGUUGAAAACCGGUAACCAUUGACUGUCAUAGAAUGUUUUCUUUCCUACUAUCGAAGUCAAUAAUUACAAGCUUUCAGCAUUCUACAAAAUAUCUUCUGUUGUGUUUGACAGAAGAAAGAAACUCAUAAAGGUUUAAAACAAGUAAAGGGUGAGUAAACGAUUGAGUGAAUGAUGACAGAAUGCAAUUAUUUUUGGUGAACUAUUCCUUUAAUAGGCCGCUCUAUUACAAGAAAAAAGAAAAGACUGAAUGUUUUGAUCCUAAGGAGUCUUUGAUCAAUCUGAGAGUCUAUUUAGUGUUUAUUACAACUCGUAUUACACGUGUAUUACAAAGUGAUGGAAAAAAAUGUAAGUAUUUACAGAGGCAGUUCACCCAGAACUGAAAUUUCUGCAAUUUACUCACCCUUUAUUUGUCAAUUCAUUUUUUUGAGUUUCUUUUAUUGAAUUUUAUGAAGAAUGCUGAAAAUCUGACUUCAAUAGCAAUCGUUUUUUCCUACUAUGGAUGUCGAUGGUUACAGGUUUUCAGCUUUCUUCAAAAUAUAUUCAGUUUUUUUGACAGAAGAAAGAAACUCAAAACGGUUUACCAUCACUUGAUGGUGAGUACAUUUAAUUUUUGGGGGUGUACUAUCCCUUUAAGGAGGUUUUACUAACUAACAUUUUGUCCAUUGUGUGUGAAGUGCCUAGUUUCAUAUCAGAGACUAUGCAUAUGGAAGAAUGUUUCGUGUAGAUAAAACUAUCAGGGCUUAUUAUGAAGUUUACAGUUGUGUUGAUUUUUAGAGAACUACAAUAAAAUGUGAUUUCCUUAUAC